AUAGUAUAUUAUAAGUUAUGGGUGGUGGAGAAAGCAAAGCAGAGAGAAGAAUUUUUAACGAGACUGAACAAUCAUAUGUUAAACAAUACUACGAUUUAUUAGUUAGUCAGAAACCAUUGAGAUUCAUUCCUGCAACAUUAACUAACAGAAUUUUUGAACAUCUGAAGAACAGUCAUAAAGAAAAAGUCAAAGGACAUGUAGCUUUUUCACAUUCUUCCUUUGAAGUAUUUCUGGAGAGCACAGUCAGGGGUACAGUAACAGAUAAAUCCAACAUUUUAUUUAACUUGAGCAGCCCCAAAGAUGAUACAGUUAAUGCCCAGAAUUUAUAUCAAACAGUUUAUGAGUUUGUGUUAGGGUUCAAGGAUAUAAUAAAAGAUUUACCACAAUGGAAGUAUUGGCAGACAACAGAUUACAAAGAACAGGGCACAGAAAGAUUUGUUCUGAGUUUGUUUUUUGAACUUUAUGCCAAAGGAAUAAGUAAAAAGUUAGCAGUUCCUACGCUUUGUGUUCCUAAAGACACAAGUUAUACUGUGAUAGAUAUAGAAGAAUGGUUAACAAAGACUUCCAUGAUGAUCUGGAUAUUAGAUGUGGUUUUUAUCAACAAUUUUUGUUUGGAUGAGGAGAAUAGCAGAAAAGAUGUUCUCCAUUCAUCUGUACACAUUCCAGUGAUAACAAAUUCCAAGACUCUACCAAUAUCAACAAUACUAGACAGAAAUGCAUUAGUUUAUCUUAAUAAUUAUAACUUACCAAAACAUUUGACAUCUGAAUGGAGACUUUUGUUUUGUAAUUCAUUGUAUGGUGACAGUUUUUCACAACUUGUGGGUCAUAUUGUUAACAAGGGACCUUCUAUUAUAAUUGUUAAAGACAAAGACGGGUAUAUUUUUGGUGGAUAUUCCAGUCAAGGCUGGGAGUUAGGACCAAAGUUUUAUGGAUCUGCUGACUGUUUCCUGUUUACAAUAGCUCCACAGUAUGGUGUAUACACAGCCACAGGUUACAAUGAUAACUUUAUGUAUUUAAAUCAAGGCCAAGAAACUUUACCCAAUGGUUUGGGUAUGGGAGGUCAGUUCAACUAUUUCGGGUUUUGGAUUGACCACAGUUUUAAUCAUGGUCAUAGUAAAGCUGGGCCUAGAUGUACAACAUAUGGAAGCCCACAGCUGUCAAAAUCUCCUGAAUUCACUGUAGAAAUGGUAGAAGUAUGGGGAGUUGGUCCAGAACCAAAGUCUGAGGACAGUGAUGAUGAAGAUAAGGAUAAGAAACAGAAAAGUGUUUUACAAGACACAGAAUCUAAAGCGAUGUUAGAAAUCCUAGGAAAACACCAGUACAGUGAAGGAUUUAAGGAAAGAGAAGAAGAUGAAAUAAUGUCAGAAGAAAUGAAAAAGAAAAUGAACGCUAUACCAAAGAUGUUGUGAUAUUUUAGUUCUAUAAGUAGAUUAUAUAAAGAGGAAAUCCAGCUUUUUAAAAAUAAGGCAAUAAGAUAUGAUUGCCAAUGAGACAACUUUCCACCAGAGACUAAAUGAUGUAGAAAAUUGACAGCUGUAAGUUGCUGUACAGCCUUUGUUUUUCUUAGGGCAAUACACAUGCAAGAUGAUGUUGUUCCUUGUAUCUUUCAUAGCAUGGUUGUCAAAUAUUUAUUUGUUGAGACAGAAAUUGAUAAUGAAUAAAAGACACCAUUUGCAAUGCUUAUUUUUCAGUAUACAUACUUGGACAGUAUUUCAUAUUUGUAUGAUAUUUUGUAUGCACUGAGGACACUUUGAACUGCAUUUGAAUAUACAAAAUAUAUAAAGUGUUUAUAUUUCCAGGGAUACAAUAUAAUCAAUUAAUAAUUUUGUGGAACAGAUCUUUAAAUAUAUGGAAUAGAAUAGAAGUAUCUAGCAAAAAAAUGCAUUUUAUCAUUUGACUGUUGAUUUGUUAUUUUACAUUGGACACCUAUUUUUGUGGAUUUCGUGGGUAUAGAUUAACCAUUAAAUGAUCAACAAGUUGUAGAUUAUUAAUAGGAUUAUAAGGAAACUUUGGCUUAACCAUCAAAUCAAGUAUCAACAAAAAUAUAUUUUUUCAUCAAUACACGAAAAUUGGUAACCACAGUAUGCCAUUUCUUGAAAACAGGUCUACAGAUUUAUUAAGUAUUAAGUUUGAUAUGACAAGAAAUUAUGUGACUUAUGAAUAUGUGUGUAAUAUUGAAAGAGCCUAUACAAAGGAAUAUGUGUGUAAUAUUGAAAGAGCAUAUACAAAUGAAUAUGUGUGUAAUUUUGAAAGUGCCUAUACCCAGUCAGGAAUAUUACAGUUGUAAUCCAGACAUUUUCUCUGAGGUAUGUGUGUAUUUUCCAAAUAAAGCUAGUGAAUUUGUACUUUAAGUUUUGAAAUUAUCUUCUGUUUGUUAUUUCCAAUAGUUAAUUAUUUAUUUCAGCAAAAUUUACCAUUCAUGGGAAAAGUUCAGUUUUUUAUAAUAACAAAUUACUGUGACUUGACUGUAAGUGUUGCUCUCCACCUAUUGCGACUUAUACAAAAUUCUGACCAAUUUUGUUUUAUAAAACCAAACUGUUCAACUGGUCAGAAAUUUAAACAAAUUGCUGUAGAAAACCACAGCCAAGUCAUGAAAGUGCAAGAUGAUAAAAUAAAGCAUACUUACAAUCCUUUAAGACUUUAUUCCACUUCAUUGAUAUUAUGAAAAAUCAGUCUAACAAUUUUUAUACUAAUUUCAUUGUCAUUGUCAUGCUAAAGGUGAUAGAUAGUAAUUUUGAAUUGCUAUAAAAAUGUCCAAACUAAGCUUUCAUAAAAUUUUCUUUUGAAAAGUCUUCUAUAUUCAUAAGAAUCAGACAUCAUUUGAAUUAAAACAUCUUACCUUGCACUUUCAAGUUUUUACUGCGGAUUUUUACAGCAGUGUUCAAAUUUCUGACCAGUUAAACAGUUUGGUUCUAUAUUGAAAUUAACAAAUUGCAAUUUGGUCAGAAUUUUGAAUAAAUUGCAAUAGGUAGAGUACUAUAUACGUGCAACGUACACUAACAGUCAAGUCACAGUAAAACUUAUAAAAUUUGUAUUUUGGUCAGUAAUGAGACUUUUUUCAAACUAUAAUGUGCAAUAUUUACAUUGAAACCAUCUACUAAAGGGAAUCUGAAUGACUAAUUGCAAAUACCUAUCAACAGUAUUUUAAAAUCUUAAUUCUCUUUUGGUAAUCUUUAUUUCUUCAUUCAGUACAUCAUCACUUUGAAAAAAAAACAUGUAUACAGUCCAAAAUACUAUACCAAUGAUCUUGUUUUAUACACCAGAAAGAUAUAACAUCUGUAGUUACUAAAUAAUUUGUAUGGCUUUUGAUAGCUUGUUAUCUUUAUUGAAAUACUUCUUCCAAAAGUAAAGGAUCAUUGGUUCUUGAUUUAGUUGUUGUGAAUCAUAGUUAAUGGACCUAAAAAUAGAGGGCUCUACCUAACUGGAUUGGUUAUUUAAGCAUAUCACCAACAUAGUAGGGGUAAAAUUAGGAUUCCAAUCACCUACAAAAUAUGAGGUACAUUUGAUCUACUGGUAGUUUCCUUUAACAAUAGAACGGACUUCAUCAAAUGAUAUGAAUGAAUAGGAAGUAGGAUUUAACACCAACAAACAAUCAGUUUUAGUCAACCACAUAAUCAUCAAUACAUUUUGUAAUUGUAUUUUUUUAUAUAAGUUACUUUACAAUUAUAGAUAUUUAUAAUUAUAUAUUUUAUUUCUGUUGUUUCUAAAUAGAAAUCCUAUUUUGCAUUUACCUAGAAUUCCAAAAAAAUUAUUAUAGUAAAAUUUUACUUGUAAAUUUUAAAAUUGUUGACUUAAUCUCAUUUUAUAAUUGUGCACAAUUCAUUCCUUAUUUUUUGCAUUUUUGCCUUUAUAUUUUAAAAAUUAUAAUAGAUAGAUAGAAACUUAAAUAAGCAAAAAUGAUCAGCAAGACAAGAUCUAUAAUUAAAACAAUAAUGAGGAAAUGGUUAAAUGACUCCUUAUUGGAAUUAUUGCCCUUUGAUGACAAUUUUUACCGUUUUUUUUUUUUUGUGUUUUGCCAUAUAUGUUGAAAAUAAUAAUAUAUAAAUAGACACUUAAAUCGCAAAAAUGAUCAACAAAGCAAGUUCUUCUAACAAGUCAAAUUUAGCCGAUAUAGUUAGUAGACUGUCACUCUUUGUAGGAGUGAUUGCCCUUAAAUUGAGAAUUUUUUUACCCUCUUUUGUGUUUUGAGCAAAAACAUAAGGAGAAAAAGGGACACUAAACAAACUAAACGAUCAGCAAUACAAGAUCAACAAAACAGAUUUUUGUCAUGAAUUCUGUUCUCGUCUACAAUGUUGGAAAGUGUCCCUUGUUGAAUAUGCACAUAGACCAAGGUGAGCGACACAGGCUCUUUAGAGCCUCUAGUUUGUUUUUAUUUGUGUAGUAAUAUUUAGGUAUAGAACUGUCUUUAUUCUUAAGAUUAUUCAAACUUUAAAUAUAGAUUCCUUUUAAAUGAAAAUAACAUUACAUUAUGUGAUUUUAGGAGAACUGAAAUGUUAUCAUUGAGUGUAACGCUGGAGUUGGUGCAGAACUGUAGCUCUUAUGUCUUUGUGAUAUUUUUGAUUCAGACAUGCUGGAUCUUUGCGAUCACUCUGGUUUUGGAGAUGGUGCAGAAUACUAAGUUGAAGACAUAUCAUGAAACUAAUUAUGUGUUUUAAUGACUUGCAGAAACUUUCUACACCAUUUUAAUCAUCAACUGCCAACUUUUGACAUGUUUUUUAUUUGCCCUUAAAUUAAGAAAAGAUUGGUCGAACAACCCUUUUAUUUUUGAUAUACACUUGCAUAAAGUUUCUUUGUAAAUCAAAAUUUAUAAUGAUUUACUAUAUAUGAAUUAAUUUGAAAACGUAUUUGUACAUCAAUUGAAUCAGUUGAUAAGAAUUUUGAAAGUAUUAUAUUAGUAUCUUAUGCUUGUGUACGUUGUUGUUCAAUGAAAUGUAGGUCAACAUGUGUAUUAAUAUAUUUAAGUUGAUUCCCACACUUUUUUGAAAUGGUAUUACUCCAAUUCUUUCCAUAGGCCAGUAAGAGUCAGUAUGAUUAUCAACUGUCAUGAUUUUCAAAUAAUUACAAUCAAAAGUGUAAGUAUUAAUUGGAAACAACCCCAGGCUUAAUUCACCACAGUUAAUAUCUCAUGACCUGUUACAUAGUUAAAUAGACACAAUUUAUUACACACCUAACUGAAUACACAAAUUCUUGACCUCAAUAGUAAACCUACAAAUGUAUUAUUUAUUUUAAUCUACACUACACUAAAAGAUUCUGUUAAUUUUGCUAGCUAGCUGAAUGAUUAAUCAGAUGUUGGUUUUUUUUUUUCAAAGAAAAGACAAAAAAUUUAAAAAAAUAUGUAUAAAAAAUGCAAGCAAAUUUUAUUUCACUUGUGUCAUUAUCAUCUGACAUAAGUCAAUAAUCAAGUUCUAAUUAAUAAGUUAUAAUAUUAUCAGAAAUUUGAUUGAAAUAAUAUACAAAAAAAUUGCAUAACUCUUACCUGAGCAUUUUCUGCAAUAAAAUUUAUUUGUUUGUUCUACAUUUAUAUCCCAUUAUAUUGCUAUUUAACAGUAAUUGGAAAUAUCUCAUCAUUAGGUAUUUGUACAUUUAAAUUUGAAUACAGGACAUGUAUUUUUUCUUAAUGAAGAAUGAACACCAAUUUAGAUAAAAAAUAGUUAUUAUCUUUUUUAAUUUUUGUUGUUGAGAAUGUGCAUUUCUAAGGCCUCUUUUUGGAAAUGAUUAAGCCAGUUAUUAUUAAUGUCAUAUAAAAAAAAAUAUCACUUAUUUGAAGAUUUCCCUUUCCAUUCUUGUAAAAUUAUCUCAUGAUUAAUAUCUCAUGACCUGUUACAUAAUUAAAUAGACACAAUUCAUGAGGUCAAAACACAGGUCAUAGACACAAUUCUUGAGGUCAAAACACCGGUCAUGAGAUAUUAAUCAUGAGAUAAUACAUGUCCUGUAUUCAAAUUUAACCAAUCUUUUCUUAAUAUAAGGGUAAAAAAAAAAUCUAAAAUUGAAAUAUCUAUAUAUAUAUAUAUAUAUAUAUCAAUAUUUGCAUUAAUAUUCGGAAAUUCCCUACCUUUGGACAAUAACAUAGAAAUUUUACAGUAAGAUUGGAAAUGAAAAGAGAAAAAAAUAUUGAAAAAAGUAUGGUCAGAAAGAAUAUCAGACUAGCUAUAAAUAUGGCUGGAUCACAACAUCAACAAUGCUUUGAUUUGACAAUUUGGGACCAUUGGCUGCAAAUUGUCAAAAAAUAUCAUACUGACCUAAGAGCUAAUGCUGAGGUACAUGCAAUCAUUAAAGGCUUCACUUGUUGUUACAUUCAUUUCUAGUUAUACAACUUUGUAAUAAAUGGAGAAAAAAAAAAUGAUAUUUUUAGAAUUAAAAGUAUUUUUAUUUA